ACAGACCAGUUCUUUCCGGCAGCUCAUUGCGAAGCAGCUCUGACCGCCCCCCACCUCCCCCGGGUCCCCGGGCUGCGAGCUCCAGUAACGCCCUUUCUCUCCCUCCGCUGUGCGCUGCCCGCCACGCCACUCCCUGCUCUGGGGCUGUUCCCGCGGUGGCUGCGGGACAGGCCGCAGGCGCCCCAAGUGCGGCUCCCCGCUCUGCCCCGCCGCCGCUGCAGCCACCUGCCCCCGCGCCCCGGUAACGAAGCUGCAGGCGCGGCCGGUGGGUGGGCGCGCUACCAGCCUGAACCGGGGCCUGCCUCGGUUUCCCCGUGCGCACCGCGGUCUGUGCCGGGCACCUCCGAGACACGGCCGCGCGCCGCCUCGGGCCUCAGUUUCCCCAUCAGCGGGACGCGAGGAGCCGCACGUCCCCACCUCCGCAACCAGCACCGCCUGGCCUUCCGCGGGCUCGGGUCCGCGUCCACCCCGCGGGGCGCGCCCCGCCGGACCGACAGAACCCGCCCUGCUCCCGCCCUCUGCACGGCUGCGCCGGGGAGCACGCGGGACGGCCCGGCCGCAAGUGGACAAACCUGGGCGCGCCCCUUCCUAGGGGAGCGUCGGGCGAACACAGGCAGCCUAGCGCGUGUAUUAACGCACGUGUGUCGCGGCGCCCGAACAGUCCCCUUCGGGGCCGGGGGCAGGGCUGGCGCUGUGCAGCCGACGCCCGCGCCCACCCCCCGCACCCCCGGCCUGCAGGGACUCGAACCUCGCGAGCCCCCGGCUCCGGGACCGCGGAACCUUCGUCGUGGCGCGCGAGUUUCCGCACGGUGCCCUUUUCCAGAGACGCCGCCGCCCCUCGCGCCCCCGCGCCCGCGCCCCCCGCGCCCGCGUUCCCGGCGCCGCGGGCCCGGAGCUCCCGGAAGUCUCGGUCCCGCCGCCGCCGGCACUCGCGAGGGGAAGCCUGGGCCGUCCGGGACCUCGGCCCGCUCCUCCGGUCCCGAGAGGCCGCCGCGUCGGCUGACACCCCAGAUGCUGCUGCUGCCGCCUCGGCCACCCCACCCUCGGUCCUCCUCCCCAGAGGCCAUGGACCCGCCGCCCCCCAAGGCUCCCCCUUUCCCCAAGACGGAAGGCCCUUCCUCCACUCCAUCCUCGGCGGCAGGGCCCCGACCCCCGCGGCUGGGCCGCCACCUGCUCAUCGACGCCAACGGGGUCCCCUACACGUACACGGUGCAGCUGGAGGAGGAGCCCCGGGCCCCGCCCCAGCGCGAGGCCGCGCCGGGAGAAGCGGGGCCGCGCAAGGGCUACAGCUGCCCGGAGUGCGCUCGCGUCUUUGCCAGCCCCCUGCGGCUGCAGAGCCACCGCGUGUCGCACUCGGACCUCAAGCCCUUCACGUGCGGCGCCUGCGGCAAGGCCUUCAAGCGCUCCAGCCACCUGUCGCGGCACCGCGCCACGCACCGCGCCCGUGCGGGCCCGCCGCACACCUGCCCGCUCUGCCCACGCCGCUUCCAGGACGCCGCGGAGCUGGCGCAGCACGUGCGCCUCCACUGAGUUCCCGGCUGGCGGGGCCUCGCGAGCCACACAGCCGCGCUGCCACACGCGCGCCCUGCCUUACCCGGGGCCCGUCUCCCCGUCUGCCCAGAGGGAGAGACACCCCCCCCCCCUUCCUUCCUUACCUUCCUGUCUCGCUGUGUGAUGCCGGCCCCGUCGCUGCCCCUCCCUGGGCCGGGGAGCCAGUCUCGGAACUGGGCCCCGGCCGGGCCGGGCCGCGCGAGCCCUCGCAGGCGCACAGCGUCUCGGGGCCCGGCUCUCCUGCUCCCGAGGGCUCAGCCAUCGUGUGCGCGGAAGAGCUGACCCAAGAGCACGGCACGGUCUGGCUCGUUCCUGUAUCUCCCCCUCUCCACCCGCAACCCUCGCCCCGUACUCAAUAAACAUUCCGCACUCCGC